CAACACCGACAAGCAACCGGUGUAGUACCGGGGCCUCUGAUGGCUGUCUUUCCGGGAGCGCACAUGCAGGGCAUGUACGCUGUCCCUGUCAUGAUUCCGGCGCAGCCUCUAACCCAGGCUACGUUGAACUACACCUGGGCCAACCCCUACACUCGCGGCAUGGAGCCACAGCCGACUGAAAUGCUUCAACCAUUGUGGCAUUAUCCAGGAAACACCAUGUACCAACCGCACUUACUCUUGGAUCAGCUGCAACCUUCUUGCCCGGUUGACAAUGGCGGAUCUGGCUCGAAGCUGGUUCACAGCGACGGUCAUGUGCAAGUCAAGGUGCCUGGACAUCUGAUGGCAAAGAACAUGAGCCAAAACGCCGAGCGUAACAAUCAAGACAUCCCAUCCGACCUAGAGCCGUUCCCGGCUUGCGGACGCGAUUUUGCAAAGACGCUCAGCAAGGUCAUGACCAAAACCUCCGAUCGCCUGAUGGCAUUGCUAGAGGCGGAACUGGACAGACUGGACAAGCUGGACGCUGCGAGCGAAGCCAGUGGUGCUGUCCAGGAUGUAAACAUCAAGCCUGGCAUCAAGUCCGAAGGCAACUCUGGGCAAAACGACGAGCUUGACUCACCUGGCACGGAGAGUGACAAGGCGGAUGAAGAGCCGCCCAUUUUGAAUGAGGUAGGAAGCAGGCCUCAGACGAGCGACGAGCCCAAGAAGUUUCAUCGAGUCACCAUGACCGACGAGCAGCAAGAGAGGAACACGGUGGCAGGACGCCCGCUGAGUUCGAAU